AUGAAAAUUUUUACAAACUAUUAUGAAAAUAAUGUAUCUGUUUUAGAAUCACCAGUUUUAUUAAAAGAAAUUUUUAGCAAAUAUGAAUUGCCUCCAUACAGUGACCAAACUUUAAAGAGUUAUGAAAAUGCAAUAUCUUUUUUACUGUUUCAGUCAUUAAACAAAAGAAAUCAAGCUAUUACAGAUAACCUUAUAGAAAAUAAUGAUAUUCCAAAACUAAAGAACCUGUUGUUAAAUGAAAAUCAAUUAAACAAUAAUACUUUAAACCUCACUUUUGAAUUUAUGUUUGAAACAAUCAAAAGAACAAAGCCAUACUAUUUCGAUAAUGUAGAAAAAAUAUUAGACGUCCCAUUCAUAUCAUUAUUUGAAAAAUCAAGUAAAAUAUUAUCAAAAAAGCUUUUCCCUAAAGAAGAUGAUGACCAAACUAAAGAAAUACCGGAGGAUCUUUUUGAUGAUGAAUAUAUGGAAGAUUUUUACUCAAACUCCCCCAAAUAUUUACAAAUGGUAUCUCUAAUUGGCCAAUCAGUAAAGAAAUGUAUUGAACCUCUGUUAUUUAAGAAACAAGUAUUAAGAAUUAUAGAGUUUGGUGGCGGCACUGGAACAACUUCAAAGGUUAUUUGUAACGAAAUUAUGAAUCUAUUGGAAAAAUACAAAAGCUCAAAUGAAAACAGCAACAUUUUAUUAGAAAUUGAAUACACCUACAGCGAUGUAAACCCAAUUCUUAUAGAAAAUGCAAAAAAAGAAUUUAAAAACUUCGACAAUGAAAAUUGUAAGAUGGUAUUUAGAAAUCUCAAUAUUCAAAAAUCUUUAGAAUCACAGGGUAUAAAUCAUAACUAUUAUGAUAUUGUGGUAGUAGAAAACGUUUUGCACUUUUUAAAAGAUGCCGAGUAUUCUAUAAAACAAGUACAUUUAAUAUUAAAGGGAAAUGGUCACUUUAUCUUAUAUGAAUCUCCUUAUCGUUCAGUAGUAUUAGACUCAGUAUAUGGAGCAUUCGAUUUCUGGUGGGAUUGCUCUGGAGACUAUCGUAUUGAUAGAUGUAUUCCCCCCCAAAAGAACUGGAUAAAUUUAUUAGAAAAGUACAAUUUUAAAGAUAUGGUAAAAACAAAUGACCUAGAGUCUCUGCCCUAUAUAAUCCAAUCAAAGAAGGUAGAUAACAAUGAAGAAAUGGAAUUUAAUCAAAUAAUUGUUUAUGGUGAAUUAAACACUGAUUUAAAAAAUCAAUUUUUCAACCUAAUUAUGCAAACCAAACACCAUGAAAUUUUAAAUAUAACAAACACCAGUCAAUUUAAAGAAGUUAAAAUAAAUGACAACUCUACAAUAUUCUACAUUCCAACGAUUGAAGAAUUAAUAAUUGAAGAAAUUAUAAAGAAUUCGGAUGAUUAUAACUAUAUUAAUCAAUAUUUAAUUAAUAAUAACCAUUUAAAUACCAAGCAUAUUAUAGUUUCAACUUUAUCAGCUAAAGAAUCAAACAAAUAUCUAAACUCAUCCAUCAUUGGUCUAAUGGGUUUUUGGUUAAAUUCAAACUGUUUCCUUAAGUUAUACAAUUUUGAUUUUGAUUUAGAAUCUCUCAAUACAAAAUCACCACUAUUAAACUGCUUUAAAUAUUUACACUGCAAUCAAUUAAUAAUUAGGGAGAAUCAAAUCUGCAAUGAAAAAUAUAAAAAAGAACAACUAGCAAUACAACAAUCAAAUGAAAGCAUUCUUAAUCAAGUCUAUUUAUUCAUUGGUGAUGUUCCUGAGAAAAUUGCAAACCAAAGUAAUAUAGAAAAGUACCCAUUAAACUUCAAUGACUUUAAAGAAGAGGAAUUUUUAAAUCAAUUUUCAAACUACAACAACUUAACUUUUAUAUUUACCCAAAAUGAAAAUCAUACACUAGAGCAAUCAAUUCAAGAUGUUAAACUUUUAAUUAAACUAAAUAACCUCUCGAUAGAUAAUAAAAUCAGCUUUAAUAACUUUAUAAUUGAAAGUUUUGAAGGCAGUUGCAGCAUGAACUCUAACUCUCUUAACUCAAUUUUAGAAUCGAUUUCGAGCUAUAGAAGAUCUUGUAACAAAGUGUCCCUAUUCGUAUAUAAUCAAAACCUAACCCCUAUCUCGGACCAAGUUGUGUCAUCACCAAACCAACUUAACCACAAUGUAUAUAACAUCGACCAAAUAGAAUGUGUUAGUAGAGUUAAAAAAAAUAAAAUGGGUUUUUAUUUUAAUGAAAUCUAUUGCUCAUCAAAUACCAAAAACGAAAUUAUAGAUAUAAUUAAAAAAAUUUUCAAUACUUGCAAUAUCGAAAACUAUAACCAAACUCUAAAUGAAAAUUUCAAACUCUCCUGUUCGUCCAACAAAAUACAACACUUUAAAGAAUCAAUAGACAAUGAAAUAUUAAAGGAUUCAAUUAGUUUAGAGCAAGUAAAUUCAUUUUCAAUUGAAUCAAUUAUAAACACAAUUUACAUUCAACAAUUAAAAAACUUUGAAUUCUUUAGAAAAAAAACCAAAUAAGCUAUUUCACUUUUUAAAUGUGUAAAUUUUCCUCCCAUAAAAAAUAAAAAUAAAAAUAUAAAUUUAAAAAAAACAUAAUAUUAUUUAGUUUGUAUUAAUUAAAAUUU